AUGGCUUAUUUGCAAAUUAUGUUUUCAGACUUCUCCCAGAAAGAACUUGAUUCUAUCAUAGAAGCAGGUGCAAAAGCUGUUGGUCUGGAAUAUUCAACAUGGACAAGCAUUGUAAUCAUUAAUCAGUUGAAUGGUAGAUGUGUUAAACCUUUCGGUGGAGGUGGAGGUGGGGAGGCUUUUUCUUUACUUUCUUUGCCCGAGGCAGACUUCAGCUUAUUUCGUCAUAAUUAUCUUCUGCCAUUGACUGAAAGUUCACGGGGAGUUUCUGAAGAUCCCGAGGGCAUCAUGGUCAAUCUUCAUUGCUCAUCUCUUAUGAACUAA